AGACCCCUCUGUCGAACAAUCAGAUCCAUUUACCAAGCCUUACAAAUCAUUUCUGCAUUCACCACAGCCCGAGACUCAUAAGCUACACAAUGGAUGAAGAAUACGACGUCAUCGUUUUGGGCACCGGGCUCACCGAAUGUGUCCUCAGUGGACUGCUCAGCAAGAGCGGAAAGAAGGUCUUGCACAUGGACCGGGAGGACUACUAUGGAGGAGCUUCUGCCAGUCUCAACUUGACUCAGCUCUUCAAGAAAUUCCGCGACUCGGCCGCUCCCGAUAACCUCGGUCGUGACCGUGACUACGCCGUCGACCUGAUCCCCAAGUUCAUCUUGGCCAGCGGAACGUUCACCCGAAUGCUCGUUCACACCGACGUCGUCCGAUACCUCGAGUUCAAGCAGAUCGCGGGUUCCUACGUCUACCGCGAUGGACGAAUCAACAAGGUCCCUUCGAACGAGAGCGAGGCGCUGAGGAGCAGCUUGAUGGGCUUGUUCGAGAAGCGAAGGGCGAGGUCGUUCUUCAUGUUCUUGCAAAACUGGAAGGACAAUGACCCCGCCACUCAUCAGGGUCUCAACCUCGACAAGAACACGAUGAAGGACGUCUACACCAAAUUCGGACUCGAGGCCGGUACCCAAGACUUUGUCGGUCACGCCAUGGCCCUCUACUUGGACGACAGCUACCUCCAACGACCCGCUCGCGAGGCCUACGAGCGAAUCCUCCUCUACACCUCGUCAAUGGCCAGGUACGGCAAGUCGCCCUACAUCUACUGCAGCUAUGGUCUCGGCGAACUUCCCCAAGCCUUUGCGCGGCUGUCGGCCAUCUACGGAGGUACCUACAUGCUCGCCAAACCGAUCGAAAAGAUUGUCACUGGCGACGAUGGCAAAUUCGUCGGCGUGACCAGCGAGGGCGAGACGGUCAAGGCCAAGAUGGUCAUCGGCGACCCAUCCUACUUUGGAGCCGGUAACCCUGAUGGCCAGGACGGCAAGAUGCGUGUCGUCGAGGAGAAAAAGGUCGUCCGAGCGAUCUGUAUCCUCAAGCACCCCGUGCCCGGUACGGACGAUGCCGACUCGACCCAGAUCAUCAUCCCCCAGAACCAGGUUGGACGCAAGAACGACAUCUACAUCGCUUGCAUCUCGUCGGCGCAAAACGUCUGCCCGGCCAACCUCUACAUCGCCAUCGUGUCGACCAUCGUCGAGACUUCGGUACCCGAGCGUGAACUCUUGCCCGGUCUCCAGCUCCUCGGCACCAUUCAGGAAAAGUUCGUCUCGAUCGACCCGUUGUACACCCCUACGGCCGAUGGCAAGCAGGACAACAUCUUCAUCACCAAGAGUUACGAUGCUACGACCCAUUUCGAGACCGUGGCCGAGGACGUUGCUGACGUUUGGGAACGUAUCACCGGCGAGAAGCUUUCCCUGGAGAAGAGCGACGUCGAGAUUCAAGGAUAGGGAAGGCGAUCUAGUCGCUAGUCGAGACUCCGUGCUCUGUGUAUAUACCGUUGUCUGCCCUUCCCUCUCUUUCUUCACUGUCUUAUCCGAUCUGUGAUUUUACGUUC